ACAGUUGUCAAUUCGCCUAAUUUGCAUCUAAUAAGAAGAACGCUUAAAAAAUAUAUUUUUGCAAAAGUUAUGAAAUAAAUUUAAUAUUUUCAACCAGAAAGUCUAAUCUUCUGCUGUACCUAAAAGUCUAUUUUGUUAAGAGUUUAAGUUAAAUCACUUGAAGCAUAGAAAAAAGAAUGUUAUAAUCGUUAAAACAAAUUCUUGAAAACUAAUUCGGAAAGUCAAAACUUGCUGAAAAUAAGCGCAGAUUGGCGCCAAAACUAAUAAGAUUUUUCAGAAGGUUGAUACAGUCAAUCCAAUACCAAAUAUUUAGGCGAUUAGAAUGGAAAUAAGUGAAUUCUCAAGUCCCACAAAGGCUUUGAGUGGUGAAAGAAUUUCUCGCUUUGGAAGACCUCAAAAGCAAACAAUUCUUGAUAUGAACAGUAUACCUACGGAAGUCGCUAAAUUUAUCCCAAAAAGUUCACCGAAACGACAGAGAACAAAAGGAGACAAUGUUGAAGUUGCUAUUGAAGAGAACAAAAGUAAAGAGAAAAUUUCUUUGCCAGAAGAUAAAGAAAAUGAAGUUUCUACAAACAUCGAAAAUAUUUGCUUUAAAAACAUUGAAAUAGAUGAAAAAGUAAGUGCUGACGAUAUCUCAAAUCAAGAAUCGAAUAAAGCAGAACAAGACACAUCGGAAAAGGAACUUAUCAUUAAACAAGAAGAUUUAUCUGAAGAUUGUAUUUUAUAUGGAGCAUCAAAAGAGAACCACUCGGAUGAUGAAAAGAGUAAACAAGAUUAUUCGGAUACUGACAGUGCUUUGGGGUCUGCAACCUCUCAUGAAAACAAUAAUGAAAUAAAAGUAAGCGAGGGUGAAUUGUUGAUUCCAGGCAGAAUCCUAUGGGGAAGCUUCACUAAGUUGUCGUGGUUUCCUUGUAUGGCUUAUCCAAUGGACGAUAGUGGCAACGUAUUAGUUGGUGACAAACAAGUUCACGUCAAAUAUUUCAAUUACAAUGGCUUCACUGCUUACCUUUCUAUAAAGAAUGUGUUCGAGUAUAAAGACGUUCAUGACUUUUAUGAACAAAUAACAAAAAUGAAUAUCAAAAAAUCCAAAGUUAAACCUUUUUCGAAGACAUGCUAUAAAGCAAUGGAAGAAGCAAACUUUUUCAUGCAAUAUCCGAUUGCUGAUCGUGUUCAAAUUUUCGAAAACAUUCUCAUCCAUCAAGACAAGCAGAAGUUGACGAACAAAUCUGUGGUGAUUGAAAGGGCAUCGGAUCGGAAAAGUGUUGAUAGUGCUUUGGGCUGUACUGCGCCUUCAUUUCCUUCAAGCCCUAAAAGUGAAAUAUUGAAUACAACUGAUCCAAUUGAAAGAUAUUUCCUUAAAAUGAGUCAAUUUAAUUCAUUCCAAGACGUUUCAUCAGUGAAAGAAAGAAAAUCUGCAACUUCAACAUCGUUUAAAGAGAUAAAAGCAGAAACAUCAGAUGAAAAAGCGAAUCGACGUAGAUCAAACCGAGUUGUAAAAAAGCGAAAAUUUAACGAUUUUGAAGAUGAUUUUAUGGAUCUACGACAAGACACAAAAUCACCGACGCCUGAGAAAAAGCCAAAAAGAGAAAGAUUAAGUAAAGAAGAAACUCUUGAAGAGCGUUUUUUAAUUGAUGUGCAAACAAUUCAUGAAAAUCUUUUCCGUAAUCUCACAAAAAAACGAAUUUGCAUGAAGUGCUUCACAACAAAUAAUGAGCCAACAUAUCGUUGCACAGGAAAAGGAACAGUAAAAUGUAGUGGAUGGUACCAUCAGUCAUGUUGUGGAAGUUUUGAAGAAAAGUUUGAAGAAAUUCGCCAUCAAACUGGCGACUCAGAUGAAAUCAUUCAAACAAAAACCUUGAAAUCUUUUCUUCAAUGCGAAAAUUGUUUUGAAGGUGUAAAAAAUUGUUCGAUUUGUAAUAUUCCUGUUGAAUUAGAUGAUGAAGCUGUCACUCAGAUAUGUUCCAACAUCGAAUGUCGCUUAUCAUUCCACAAAAACUGUCUCAAGCUUUGGCCACAAAGUAAAAUGGGACGAGCAAGUGUUAAAAAUUGUCCUCAACAUACAUGCCACACAUGCUUCUCAAAAGAGAUCCACAACACAGGAAAUAAACUGUUAAAGUGUGUAAAGUGUCCAAGUGCAUAUCACAUGCAAGUUUCGUGUGUUCCAGCUGGCACAAAAAUCCUUUCGAAAACACAAAUAAUUUGUCCAAGACAUCCAAACGAUAAAGAAAUGGUAAAAGGGCAAAAGGAUAAACAAAAUAGGUUGAAUAUCAUAAACAUUGACUGGUGCAGCAUAUGUAUGGAAAACGGGAAAGUGAUUUGUUGUGAUUCUUGUCCAUCAGCUUUUCAUAUCGAAUGCAUUAAUUAUGUGGAGUCUGAUCCGGAUGAGAAAUAUAUUUGUACUGAAUGUCAGGAAGGUCGAUUACCUUUGUACAACACCAUCGUUUGGGCUCGAGUUGGGAAUUAUCGAUGGUGGCCUGGACUCGUUAUGCCUGCAUUUAUCCUUCCUGAACAAAUAAUGAAAUGUCAACGAAGUGAAAGAGAAUUUUGUGUUAGAUUUUUUGGAAGUUACGACUACUAUUGGUUUACUUGUGAAAAGGUUUUCCCUUAUGAUGGCAUGAAUCCUUAUCCGAAAGGAGGAAGUUCUCGUCUCGACAAUGCUUUCAAUGCUGCAAUUCAAGAGGCACAAGAAAUGACAAAAAUCCUUGAAACGGGAUAUCCUCAGAUGGACUCGAAGCCCAAGCCUUACAAUAAAAUCUCGCAAAAUAAGCCAAUCCCACCGGUCAAACUGAAGAAGCUUGACGAAGCUGACAAUCACGGUCCAUGUUCCUGUCGUGAAACUGACCAGGACCCUUGUGGAAGAUCAAGUAAUUGCUUAAACAUGCAUCUGAAUGUUGAGUGCAAUAAAGGAGCGUGCCCUGCAAAAAGUGCUUGUCAAAACCAGAAGUUGCGUAACAAAAGUUAUGCUGAACUGAAAAUAAUUAAAACACAAAAUCGCGGAUUCGGAGCAAUCACUUUAAAAGACAUUCCUGAAGAUGCUUUUAUCAUCGAAUAUGUUGGUGAGCUCAUUGAUACAAACGAAAUGAACCGUCGAAUGAUUGAAAAAAUUAAGGCAAAGGAAAAAGAAUUUUACUUUCUUACAAUUGAAGCUGAUUUGUAUGUUGAUGCUGGACCUUCAGGAAAUUUGUCACGUUUCAUUAAUCAUUCUUGUGAACCAAAUUGCAUUACCAAGAAAAUUACCGUUGAUGGAAAUACAAGAAUAGGAAUUUUCAGUAAAGAAACAAUCAAAGCUGGAACUGAAUUAACAUUCGAUUAUCAAAUGGAAUUUGUCGGUAACAAGAAGGAUAAUUGCUUAUGUGGCUCAACUAAAUGUUCUGGUCUGAUUGGAGAGAAACCAACAAAGGAAAUUGAAGUUAAGAAGAAAGCCACAAAAAAACGCAACUCAGUUGCAAAAAUUGAUGGAAUGAAAAUAGUUAAAAAACGUCGAACUUCCCGUGAAGUCUCUGAUCCCUUAACUAAAAUGCUUUUAAAUUUAGUGAAAGAUUCAUCAGAAUUCAAUAAAUAGAGAAACUUUUAUGUUACAAGAAUCGAAUCAGAACAAGAAAAAUAAAUAAAAUUUUCCUUUUGUGUCGUAAUUUUAUACAUAAAAAAUUCCUAAAUGCCUAACAACAGAAUGUAAGUUUCUAGAAGAUUUUUCUCUAUCUAUUCUUAAAUGAUAAAAUAAAUGUUUAAAAUAAAUUGCACUGAUUAAUUUGAUGGCCAAAUCUGUGCUAGUUAAUGUUUAUGUAAAGGAAAUCAUUUUAGUACAUUUUAUAAUUAUUAUUAACGACAAGCAAAUUUCUGAAACACUAAAUAUUUGUUAAUAGAUUUUAUCUUAGUUUAUCCAUCUUAAGUUUGAAAUAAACGUAAAGAAAUAGAAUGUUUAAUUGGAAAUGAACUUUUUAUUAAUCUUUCUUUGCAGCUUUUUUUGUUGAAACUUCUUUCUGCUUACUAUUCGUUGUUUUGGAUGAUACAUUUUUAGUUCCUCGAUUUUUGAGAAUGAAAAAUAAUGCAAACAAUAAUAAAAGACAACCAGGUAUAAAUAUAAUUAAAGAACUACUCUCUGCAAAGAAAUCAUCAAAUUUCGGUAAGUUUUUCAACUGAUCCACGACAAGAUUGACGAGUUUUUCAAAAGGUGUGGCUAAUGGUUUCACUUUUUCAGGUGUUAAUCGAUUAUACCAAGUAGUUGCAAAGUUCACAAAAGAUUCAAUUUCAUAGUUUCUCAGGUUAUAGCGAUAGAAUUUUCCUGGACGCAAAAGGAUAAACUCUGGAGCGUUGGUAAUCUUGAAUCGCUUUGCAGUUAUAGCUCCUAUCGUUCCUCGGUUCACGCGAGCAACAUUCAUACGAGAUUUUAAUUUUGCGCCGACAGUCUCCCAAAUUGCUGAGAGACGGCUACAGUCGAUGCAUUGGUUAUCAUAAAACUGAAUCAGCCAAUCGCCUGUUGUUGAACCUGUCGAAGCUUGUGUCAGAUGCUCGAAAUUUCUAUCAUCAAGUUCUUUAACAAUUGGUUCCCGAUGUUCACUAAUAUAAUCAUAGAUGUCAUCCGCUGAGUCAUCUCCUUCAUAUAGUAAGCCAACACCUUUUCUGACGAAGACUAAAGAGGAGUCUUUCCUUUGCAUAUCAUAAACUCGCUGUAAUUGCGAUGAAUCCAGUCUUAGAAUAUUUCCAUCAAAAGAUGAUUUAAAUUCAUCACGAAUAGAAGCUAAACUUUGCUCAUAUCUACAAGGACUACAUUUCCUAGUAAAUAGCACAAUAAUAUUUUUGUUUUCUCUAAUAGCUUCUAUGACAGUAUCAUCAUUUGAUAACUCGAGUUGAGCACAAAAGAUGAAAUUGAUUGAAAACAAAACUAAAAUAAGACGAACAAACAUUUUCGCAGAUA